AUGGCCGCUUCUUCACCACUUACCUUGCUCUCCCCAUCUGUACAGAAUACGAAGCAGAAGAGUCCCUUACGAAUCGACCAGCAUAACAUCUCCGAAAGUGAACAUCACGAAGUCAAGUCUAGUAAGAAAUGCCUAUACACGAUGUCAACAUAUGUACACAGAGACUCAUCCGAGGACGAUGAUUUCCACAAUACACCAUCCAGAGUGUCAAUUUCACCCUGUAAAGGUACCACCAAAGGAGCUCCAAGCGAUGGAACUCCGAGUCCGAUAAAAUUGGCAUCGCCAACCAAAACAGACAUAGCGCUUGACAGCACUGAAUGUGCAAAUUCUCCGUUUCCUGAAUCCACGCUUCGUGUCGAUGAAGGAUUAAUUCGAGAAUGUGAGGCGCCGACAAAGGGCGGUACAGAGCCGGACGACACUACAAUGCGUCGAAACAUUGAAGACGAGGGAAUGAGCACCAUCAUGCAUGACAAGGAAGGGGCCAAUCAACAGGAGUCAGGCGAGGAGGAGGCAGAUAUCACCCUCAGCAUAGAUGAUACCGCAAACGACAUCAGCGCCUUCUCUGCUAUCCCGGAAGCCGACCUUACGCGCUUCGCUGCAUUACACAAUUCCACGGCGUCACCCAUAAGACCCAUGGUCGAAGGCUGGAGUCCAAGCAAACAACUGCGCAAUCCCGCCCUGGGUACACCAGCAACCGUCAAGCGACCUCUACGACUUUCAACCCAUUCUCAAAGCGACAACGGCUUCGAUAAUGAUGCCACUCCUCGCCGUCCAUACAGUGCCUCCUCUUCCGAAGACCUCCUUAACUUUACAGGCCAAUCCAGCAUCAUUAUUCCACCUCCUCGGUCCAGCUCCCGUCCCAGCACGCGUCGGUCUCCCUCUGGCCGAGGGGGCUUCCCCAUCAAGAUCAAUCCCUCCCCAGCUCACCGCUCUCAAGCUUCUGUCGAUCGAGAGAGAAGUCGAGGAGUCAUCUCUCCUGUUAGACAGAUCCCUUCCCCUCCAACUUCUACCACACCAUACGCAGACCGAAGAAACCACCUUCUGGACUUUGAUCUCGAGCCACUUGCUACACCCCGCUCCGUCCCUUCCAUCACUCCUCGCGAACUAGAGAGUCUACGAUCGGACCUGUCUUCGCAAAUAUGCUCCCUCUCUGCAACCCUUAGUGGCAAAGAGGCAGAGGUGCUUGCCCUGAAACGUUCUAUUACAGAUGCGGAAGUGAGAGUCGGAAAUACAAGCGAAGAGUUGCGGAAUGAAAAGUUGCUCAGAGAAAGCUUGGAACAAGAAAAACAGGAUUGGGACCGGCGAGGUCGAGAGAUGGAGAGUGUGUUGCGAGAAAUCCGUCAAGAAAUUAUGGUCGGCGAACUCGAGCGGGACAAGUUGCGAAGGCAGACUGAGGAGGCGGAGAAGAGAACAGAGGAGAUGGAGGUAAGGGUUGUCGAAUUACAGACAAGGCUAGAGAGCGCAAAUCGGCGGAAAACGCUUUCACCAACGAGCAGCCCAAGAAAGAAGACGGAUGAAUUGCUGGGAGAGCCGGCAACACCGUUGGUGAAUGGAAAUGGUGUCAAUGGUAUGGACAUGAACGAAGCGGUCCGAGAAGCAACAGAGAGGGUAGCCAGAGAUCUCCACGCACUCUACAAGAGUAAACACGAAACCAAAGUCGCAGCGCUUAAAAAGUCCUAUGAGGCCAGAUGGGAGAAGAAAGUCCGACAUCUGGAGGAUGAACUCAAAUCGACCAACACCGAGAUCUUGAAUUUAAAGACAGAGAGAGAUGCAACCAUGUCCGGACCCCUUGCAUCUUCAAUGGCGGUAGAUCAGCAGCUGCAAGAACAGACUCGCAGAUCUGAAGAUCUCCUGAGGGAGAAGGAGCAGAUGGAAGCGAAUGCGAAAGUCCUACAAGCCCAGAUCGAGGGUCUUGAAGCAGAAGUCCAGUCAGUAAAACAGCUUACCGACAACCUGAGAGAAGAGUUAGAAAAGGAACGAGCAGAAAAAGGCGAGCUGGUCGCCCAAGUGGAUUUAUUUCUAGCCCUAGGAGACGACCAAUCCGCCGCCAUUACUACUCCCCAACACAACGGCAUGGUUGGACUUAAAGGAGAGGCCAAACUCCGAUCCGUCAGCAGCGAUAGCAUUGCCUCAUCGGCCGCUUCAUACUCAGCCGCAAGACACAGCGUAGAAUGUCACCAAACUCAGCAGGCUACCCACCAUCAUCAACAGCCACCACAGCAGCAAAGCCCAGCAAAGCCACAUUCCGCUGUCAACGGCCGUGCAGCAGCAGGGGCCGGAGGGACCGGCGGUCGGCCCAGGCCAAUGAGCAUGCUCCAGCCACCAGGAAAGUUCUCCGGUAUACCUGGUCCUGGUGGGGUCAGAGGUUCCGGGAAGGCUUUGCCGGCUAGGACUGCUGGCGUCGGUGGAGGAGGUAUCAUGGAGGGGAUUGCUAAGAUGGGCGCGGGCGCUGCGGGGAAGGGUUACUGA